AUUCCGGUCCAUCUUCAACACCUCGCGCCCAUAUCAGUAAACGUUGGCUGAUCACACGAGCUGGACGAAAUGGGAAUCUUCCACGGUGUACGGUGGGCAGUGUUAUUCAGUGUUUUCGCGUUGACGAUCGCGGCAACGCCAAGAAAGUUCCUUCAAACUCGCUUCAGCGUCGACUACCAACCGUUCGAAGGGCCGUGGAGCGAUGAUUUCGACUGGGGCGUAAUAAAGGAGGUGCUACAUAAAGCGCCGGGCAAUGCAGUGAUAUCGCCGCUCUCCGUCAAGGCGCUGCUGGCACUGCUGUACGAAGGUAGCGCGAGUAGAUCGGAGACGGAGCGCGAACUUCAACAGGCACUCAGCGGUGGUAAUGAUCAAACCGUGUCCAAACUGCAAACCGAUCUGCUACAGUACAAACAGCAGCAGCAAGAUCUGCUCAUCACCGAUCGCAUCUUUCACGAUGUUUCGGUGACGAUCAUGCAGAAGUAUCAUAGCAUUGUUGUAGCACGGUACAAUGCGUCAACACAGGCGGUGGACUUCCAGGAUACGGUGGCCGCGGCAGCACAAAUCAACGAAUGGAUUGCUUACAAUACCCGGGGCAAUAUUCAGAACAUCAUUAAACCGGACACGCUGCAUGAUGCGCUGAUGUUGUUGAUUAACACGAUCUACUUUAAGGGUUCGUGGUCAAUCCCAUUCCCAACCAAUGCUACCGUGGAGAGGCCGUUCUAUGCCAACAAACGAUCGACCGCCAGUCGAUUUGGACCUCGAACAGUUCCGUACAUGAAGCAGCGCGAGCGUAUCUUCUACUACAAACACUCAGAAGAGUUAAGUGCCCAGUUUCUGCGCUUGCCGUACGACAAGAAUCAACUAUCAAUGAUUGUGGUGUUACCGGAUGAGCAGGUAUCGCUGGCACAGCUACUUUCGCGUCUAACACCACAGUCGGUACAUCAGGCACUGGCGGACAUGGCCGAAGAAGAGGUAGAGAUAGAGUUACCACGGUUUUCCAUCACCUACUCGAACUCUAUGCGGGAAUGUCUGCAGCAGCUCGGUAUAUCGCGGGUUUUUAGUGACCAGGCCGAACUACCGUUGAUAUCACGCGGCCGCACCACACCACUGAAGGUGAGCACGAUACUGCAGAAGAGCUGCAUUCUUGUGGACGAACAGGGCACGGAGGCGUCGGCAGCUACCGAGGGCACGCUGGUGUUUACGAUUCUUAACCAACCGAUCAAGUUCAUUGCCAACCGGCCAUUCCUCUUCCUGAUCUACGACGAAGGCAAGGGCAACUGGUUGUUUGCCGGCAAGGUGGAAGAUCCACAGGUUUGCCGGGGGUUGGAUGAUGUCCAUCCAAUGUCGAUCUGUGCCAGUUUGAGUGCGUGGGAUGAGAUCUCGCGCAUGGAUGACCAGAACCAUUUUGUCCGUUCCGUAGUUCGGUCGUUAGUUGUCGCUAUAGUCGUUCGGUUGUGUUCAACCAUGCAUAAGUUUAGCAUUGUGAUAUUGUGCUUUUCCGCACUUUUAAUUUUUGACGCCGCGGCCCAAAACGAUGUUCACGGCCCAUUCCAAGGCCAGCGCAAGAACGAUUUCGACUUGAAGUUUGUCAAGGAAAUCUUCAAAAACCACAACUCCAACGUUGUGCUGUCACCGUUUUCGGUGAAAAUUUUGCUUACCCUCAUCUACGAAGCAUCCGACACCAGCUUCGGUACUGCCGUAUCCAACACCAAGCGCGAGCUUAGCUCCGUCAUCCAGAAUGAAAACAUUGAGCUUACGCGCAGCUACUACAAGCAGCUGCUCGAAUCGGCCCAGCAGGACAACAAGGACUUUGAUCUGAACAUUGCCACCAACUUCUUCGUGGACGACUUCAUCGAGGUGAUCAACAAGUAUCAGCAGAUCGCAAACACACACUACCAUGCGAUGCUCGAAAAGGUGUCGUACUCUAACCCAGCACAAGCCGCCCUCACCAUCAACAACUGGGUAUCGCAGCACACGAACGGCCGGCUGCGCGAGAUCGUAACACCGGACAGUCUCGAGGGUGCUGUUAUUACGCUGGUCAACGUCAUCUACUUCAAGGGUCUGUGGACGUACCCGUUCCCGGAGGUGGUAAACAAUGUGAAGCCAUUCUUCGGCACAAACGGCAAACCAAGCGUCGCCCAGUACAUGGAACAAAAUGGACAGUUCUACUAUGACAAUUCGGCCGAUCUCGGUGCACAAAUUCUGCGCCUACCGUACCGUGGCGAUAAGCUUGCGAUGUACUUUAUCCUACCGAAUCCGGAAAGCUCGAUCAAUCAGGUGUUGGAUCGCAUCAACAGUGGUUCGCUGCACCAGGCCCUGUGGUACAUGGAGGAGAACGAGGUGAACGUGACCAUUCCCAAGUUUAAGUUCGAUUUUAGCGAACAGCUUAACGAACCGCUGCAGCAGAUUGGCAUCCGUGAGAUCUUCUCCCAAAACGCAUCCCUGCCACUGCUGGCUCGUGGACGUGGAGCUCGCGAUGAGGUGCGAGUUUCAAGGAUCUUCCAGAAGGCUGGCAUCACCAUCAACGAGGUGGGCAGCGAAGCAUAUGCUGCUACUGAAAUUCAGUUGGUAAACAAGUUCGGUGGUGACGGUGUUCAGAUCUUCAACGCUAACCGGCCAUUCAUUUUCUUCAUCGAGGACGAAACUCUUGGUUCAAUGCUGUUCGCAGGAAAGAUUGAGAAUCCCGUGUUUUAGGGGGUGCGAGUGUUCGCAUUAUCUGUAAUGAUCGCGUUCAGGUUUCCUAAAACUAUACGCUAUAAGUAACUGAUCUUUUAAAUGCUAUUGCCAUCAAUAAAAGUUGCUGUCUAUUAUAAUUUGAAGAUCGU